AUGGCAGACGUAAAGACGUUCUCCAAAGAUAUGACGGUGAGCGUGUGGGCGUUCUCCAAGGAUAUGAUAGCGGACGUGUGGAUGUUCUCCGAAGAUAUGAUGGCGGACGUGCGGAUGUUCUCCGAAGAUAGAAUGGCGGACGUGUGGGCGUUCUCUAAAGAUCGCCGUCGGGCGUGCUGCCACGUCAGGCGGCCGGCCGAGGAGGGGUGCGUGGCGCGAGCGGUGACUGCGGGCGGCCUGGAGCGGACCGGGGCGGCGCCGGACCAGCACCGGACCAGCACUCUCUCGUGCGCUGUGGUGCCGCCGCUGGGCCUCCGCCGCAGCAGAGGCUCCGAGCCCGAGGCGCCGCCGGAUCGGCCGUCAUGCGACCCCCGCCGCUGCUGCUGCUGGCAGCUGGCGCUGGCGACGCUGGUGCCGGCCGGCUGCGGGCCGCCUCGCCGGCCGCGCUGGGCGCCCAGCUGGCGCGUCCUGCGCGCCGCCCGCAGCGUGGUGGCCAGCGCCAAAGAAGCGCGCGACGAGACGGGCCACGUGCAGCGGGAGCGGCUGGUCGCCACUCACACGGACAGUGACGGCACCAAGUACCAGUACUGCGUGGAGCGCGAGGAGGUCAAGGAAGAGCACGGCAUCCACGUGGCGUCCUGGCGCUGGACGGAGGUGCAGACCUACUACGCCAUCACGCUGUUCAUCGUCAUCGCCGGCCUGGCCAAGCUAGGCUUUCAUCAUGCGCACUUUCUGUCAUCUAAAUUACCAGAAUCAUGCCUGCUCAUCAUCCUGGGCAUCUUCGUCGGCAUCAUCACGUACCACAUCCGUCACCGGCUCGACGGGGAGACGUUCCCGGCCAUCGCCUUCGUCAACACCUCAGUACGGGUGCUCGACUGUGAGGACGAGUUCGCCGGCUUCUUCCCCAAGUUCGACUCGGAGCUGUUCUUCCUGGUGCUGCUGCCGCCGAUCGUGCUGGAGGCCUCCUACUCGCUGCACGACCGCACCUUCCUCGACAAUCUCGGCACCGUCUUGCUCUUCGCCGUCGUGGGCACGCUGUUCAACAUGUUCAUCAUCGGCCCGGCGCUGUACGGCCUGGCCGUUUCCGGUGCCAUGGGCUCGAGCAUGCUGUACGGAGGCGAUGCCGUCAACGCCACCGAAGGGGUCUACGACAUCUCCAACGUCAGUUUGGUGCAGAUGCUGACCUUCUCGUCGCUGAUCGUGGCGGUGGAUCCUGUGGCCGUGCUGGCCAUCUUCCAGGAGGUCGGCGUCAACAAGGACCUCUACUUCCUCGUGUUCGGGGAGAGUCUGCUAAACGACGCCGUCACGGUGGUUCUCUACAACGCCAUGGUGGCCUUCACGGGCAUGGAGGGCGAGGACAUCGCCUACGACCAGAUCCUGCUGGCCGUGGCCGCCUUCUUCUGCGUGUCGCUGGGCGGCCUGGCCAUCGGCAUCAUCUUCGGCGUGCUCACGGCCGUCAUCACCAAGUACACUCCGGACGUCAGGGUGGUGGAGCCGCUCUCGCUGCUGGCCAUGGCGUACCUGGCCUACCUGUCAGCCGAGCUGGUCCACUUCUCCGGCAUCAUCGCCACCGUCGGCUGUGGAGUGGUGCAGGCGCACUACGCCAUGAAGAACAUCUCCAAAAACUCCUACAUCACCAUCAAGUACUUCGUUACCAUGGCCAGCUCGACCAGCGACACCAUCAUCUUCAUGUUCCUGGGGAUGGUGCUGGUCAGCAAGGAUCACCACUGGCACACCGGCUUCUCGCUGUGGACGCUGGUGCUGUGCCUGGUGGUGCGGUUCAUCGGUGUGUACUUGCUCAGCUGGCUGGCCAACUUCCGCCGGCUGAGGCGCAUCGGUCGGAAGGAGCAGUUCAUCAUGGCGUACGGAGGCUUGCGCGGCGCCGUCGGCUUCUCGCUGGUGGUCAUGCUGCGUGGCUCGGCCAUCGACGAAACCACCGUCCGCAUCUUCGUCACCACCACGCUCUUCAUCGUCCUGUUCACCGUGUUCGUACAGGGCUCGACCAUCAAGCUGCUGGUGGGCCUGUUCAACAUCAAGCUGGAGGAGACGGAGGACCCGACAUUGACCGAGGAGAUCGCCGCCACCACCGUCGACCACAUCACGGCCGGCGUCGAAGAGAUCAUCGGCUACCGCGGCUCUAACUUCUUCAAGGAACGGCUGGAGUGGUUCGACGAGAAGUACCUGAAGCCGCUGCUCAUCAGCGACUCGCUCGACUCAUCACUGGCGCGGCUCUACGACAAGCUGGUGCUAGACGAACACUUCGCCAACCUGUACGGCCCGGCCGCCGCCGUCGAGACGGAGAAGGGCGGCAUGGCGGACAUCGUGCAGCACGAGGCGGACUUCUUCCUGCCGGAGGAGGAUCUGCUCCACCUGAAGCGGCGCUCCAAGGUGCUGCGCGAGUCGAUGCGACGGGACUCGCUGCGAGGCUUCCCGCACCCGCUCAGCAGGGUCGGCUCACUGCGCGACCGGUUCACGCGGCGCUUCUCCUCCACGUCAGUCACGCCGCGUACCGCGGACUCGGAGGGCGGCACCGCGCUCGGCUCCAUCACCGAGCCCACCUCGCCCACCACGCCCUCCUUCAACCCCGAGGACAACUACCGGACAUACCCGCACGACGGCGCGAUGCUGCGCAAGGCCUUCAGGAACAUCCCCUACAACAAGCUGCACUUCCGCUACAACCCGAACCUGAUCGACGAGGAAGACCAGGAGAUGGAGACGCACCUGCGGCGGCGCCGCGCCAACGCGCAACGCUUCAGCCAGCUGGCACAGGUGGUGGCCGCCAAGCAGGCGGACCAGAGCAAGGACCGCGAGCUGCGACGCACCGUCUCAGGCGGCGGGCGCGAGGCGCAUCUGCACAUGCCGGGCGUGGCCGACCUGGUGAUGGCGCAGCGGCGGCGCGCGCUCGAGCGCCAGCGCCAGCGCUACGUGUCGGCGCCGUCGUCAGGCUCGCCGGCGCUGGGGGCCGACGAGGCGGCACUGGGCCCCAUCUCGGAGGAGUCGCUGAGAACCGAGGAUCGCGAGCUGCUGCCGCGCCUGGCGCCGCAGCCGCAGCCGCGCGCUCGGCCCCGCUCCUCCGGCGCCGACGACAACAACGAGGAAAGCCGGGUGUAGGGUCGCGCC